AUGGCGUCUGACAGCUUUGCGGACUACAUCACGUCGCAUUGCUGCUUCGCUGCUGCAUCGACAAAAAGCGACGGGCAUACUCCGAAAGAAAGCGAAAGUUUGCACAAGUACCCCGUGGUAGUUUUCAUCCAUGGAGAGUCUUACGAAUGGAACAGCGGGAACCCGUACGAUGGAUCGGUGUUGGCAGCUUACGCGAGACUGGUCGUCGUCACUGUCAACUUCAGGCUGGGCAUAUUAGGUUUCCUAAACCCGAGCUCGCAGCCGUCUCGUCAAGCCCAACAACGCGCCCCGUCCAACUACGGGCUCAUGGACCAACUGGCAGCUCUACAUUGGCUGCAAGAAAACAUACACGCUUUUGGCGGUGACCCAAGACAAGUAACUUUAAUGGGCCAUGGAACUGGAGCGGCUUGUGUUCAUUUCUUGAUGACAAGCAGCGCAGUACCGGAUGGAAUACUAUUCAACCGAGCGAUCAUGAUGUCCGGAUCAGGCCUAAGCCCGUGGUCGUUGGUGCGGGACCCGGCGUCGCACGCCGAGAACGUGGCGCGUAACGCGAACUGCUCCUUCUCGUUAUCCCCUCAAGAUCUGUUGAAAUGUUUGCGAGAUCGACCCCUCGAGGUCAUUCUCAAACCGCAAACAGACGAUGAUGCGUUCAAGUUCUCAUACGAAUUUGGACCGAGCGUAGACGGGGUGGUUAUAGAUACGGGCGAUUCAAACAAUCAAGACUCGUCGAAUUCGGAAUCUGGGUCGGUUUAUACAUCAGCUAAUGGAGCUAGUACGUACAACAUGGUGAAUACGAUUAACAAUGUUCUUCUGAGGAAAGACGCCAUCAACAAGCUGACCAGGUACGACUUAUUGCUAGGCGUGACUCGUGCCGAAGCAUAUUUUUCAUUCAGCGGAGACGACGCCCAAUAUGGAAUCGAGCCCGAGAGGAGAAAUAAAAUUCUAAAAUCGUUCGUCAGUCAAGCUUAUACAUAUCACCUGGCCGAAAUAUUGGCGACUGUUAUUAAUGAAUAUACGGAUUGGGAAAGGCCUGUACAGCAUCCGAUUAAUAUAAGAGAUGAAACCCUGGAAGCAUUGAGCGACGCUCAAGUAGUUGCUCCUGCCACUCGAACCGCAGAUUUGCAUUCACAAGAUCACAGAAACUCGUACCUGUAUGUUUUUGACUAUCAGACACGUGCCGGUGAUUAUCCACAGCGUCAGGGAUGUAUUCAUGGCGAAGAUUUGCCGUAUGUUUUUGGCGCACCUUUGGUUAGCAAUUUGGGUCAUUUUGCGAAAAAUUUCACGAAGGCGGAAUCUCUUCUGUCUGAAACCGUUAUGUUGUACUGGAGUAAUUUUGCAAGAACAGGGAAUCCUAAUGAAGCUCCAGACCCAGCUGAUGCAGCAUUGGCGGCAAAAGCAGAAAGAUCAAGGGCAAGAAACAUCGAAUGGACGGCUUACGAAAGCGUUCACAAAAAAUACCUCAACAUAGAUACAAAACCUAAACUGAAAAACCAUUACCGAGCACAUAGGUUGUCAUUUUGGCUAAAUUUAAUUCCUGAUUUACACAAACCCGGUGGAGAUGACGUUCCACCUUCGCAUCAUCAAUUGAUAUUGGACGAAAAUAAUCAGGGAUCAUCAGCCGGCGGCCCACAGGUUACACCUGGGAGACCGACGGCAACACAAAAUACUGGGUCUGCAGCAAAAGCUGAUAAUAGUGAUAACACUGAGAUCCUGCCAGGUUCUAGGGAUAAUGAAAUAGGAUCAACAAUAAUAGGAUUGAAAAAUAUAACAAAUAUUGGAAAUUAUGGAAAUGCAGGAAUUAACGUUGGUGGAUCACAGAAUGGUCUGUCUGACGACGGAUUUGCUGCAUAUUCAACAGCUUUAAGUGUAACAAUAGCAGUUGGAUGUUCCUUAUUGAUAUUAAACGUUCUCGUAUUUGCUGGUGUUUAUUAUCAGCGCGAUAAGACGAGACUGCAUGACGCCAGGCAAAGGCGCGACACGGGAAACGCUAAGAAACGACAGCGUCAAGAGAAUGGAACACUAGCAAAUAGCAUAUGUGGCGAACUGAUGCUGAGCUCUGAUCCUGGUCACCAUGGUCAUCCAGGUGACACGGCCAUGAUCACACUGACUUCAAAACCACCGCCUCCGCCAGGCAGUGUCGGAGUUGUUGGUCUGACCAGAUUGGAUGAGUUAGAACUAAGACACCAUCAUAAUAAUGCUAUGUUAAAUAACAGAAAAGUUGAAUAUGGUGGUACGAUGCCAAGAAAUCCACCACCACCGCCACAAAGAGGUGGUACUUUGGGUAGGAUGCCAAAACAUCAGCAAGAUGAAUUAAGAGUGUGACGAUAAUAAAUUUAGUGUUUUUGUGUAUGAAACAUCUGCAAGAUAAAUAAUUUAAAAUCAGUUGAACAUUAUUGAUAUCAUUUUGAAUAAA